AAACCCACUCAAGCAUUCGUCAUGGACUUGGACGAUGUGGCUAGUCAUCACGGAUUCGGUCAACAUAUGGCCACGUACAAUGUAGAGACCUCGGCAGUGCACAGGAAACUGCAGAGCAAGGUGGAGGCACUGCGAAUCCUGCGCCAGGAACUGGAGCAGUUCCGCGUGGAGCGAGACCAGUACAAGCUGGUGGCGGAGACCCUGCAGUUGCGCUACUCAGCGCUGAAGAGUAAUAGCGAACUUCUGUCUGUCGGUGGAUGCGGAGCCCUCAGCGAGAACUCCAGCCUGGCAACCCUGCUCCAUGAGACGCGCGAGCAGAACCUGAAGCUCAGCACCGAAGUGGAAGCCCUGAGGCAGCGGCUCAACGAACUGCAUGGCGACAUGGAACUCCUCCGGGAGACGGAGGCCAGCAACAAGUCGCGGGUACAAGCAAUGGCCAGCGAAAAUGCCGCUCGCAACAAGGAGGAGUUGCAGUGGCGUCGGGAGCGGGCCAACUUCAUCUGCCACCUGGAGGGGCUCAAGAAACGGAAUGCCCAGCUGGCGUUCGACCUGAAGGCGGUGAUCGAUGAGAAGGAGGAGCUGAUCACCGAGCGGGAUGCCUACAAGUGCAAGGCACACCGCCUCAAUCAUGAGCUCUUUGUGGCCCUCAGAGCGAAGAAAACGCAUCCCAGGCUCCUGGACAUCGAUGGUGUUUUGCUGGAGAACAAGUACCUGCAUGAACGUGUGAAGAUCCAAGACAGCGAACUGGAGCUCACCAAACAGAGCAUCAAUAAGUACAAGACCAUGUUGGAUGCAAAACGAAAGAAGGGAAUUGUAAAACUUGGCGGUGGGAGCACAAAUGAGGACACCAUUUUAAGCCCCCGACAAGUGAAAACAAUCCUCGAGAGCGGCAUUGAUCUGCCCCAGAAAACCGAGAGCUUAAGCGAUCUAAAAUCCUUGUGUCUGGCCCUGCUGGACAAUCUCAACGACAAGAACUUGGCUCUGACGCACCAAAAGAAGACCAACAAAAUACUGGCUGGCAAGAUGACGGAGCUGGAGCAGCGGUGGCAACAGCUCCUCUCCGGAAACGAUGACAACGCUGAGGAGCAGGAGGAGGACAUGGAAUAUGGUUAUGCGCCCUCCCAGCUGCUCCUCAAUGGCUAUUGUGCCGCCAUGGUAGAUGACGCCGACAUCAGCAGCACUCCGUCCAUUGAGCCAGAUAACGAAGGCAUCGCCAUUACAGUGAAUCAUGAAGAUUCUAAGAAGCACAAGUCCGUUGAGGCUUUGCACACCGACGAUGGAAUGUCCUCGCUUUCAACGGAGUCGGUGGAUUCGUCUGUGUACGGUGCAGAUGUGCAGCCCGAUGACUUCCAGAAGUCUUCAUCCGCCACAACAGAUUCGGGCAAUUGUGGAUUGAGCAGCCGCUGCAACGGCACGCCACGGAUAUCCAGUGCAGUGGCACGGGAACGUAUGGAGGAUCUGAAGGACCUGCCGCCUCACCUGGCCACUCUGGUCCAGAAAGCACUUCACGAUCUGGACAUGCGGGACUACGAGGCCAUGGUGACGAUACGAGCUGAAAAUCUGGCGGCUAUUCCUUAGAGAAAAACUAGUUCAAUUGAGGACUCCCAAAGAAAUAGAUGGAACCAUAUCUCAGUGUUGACAAAAGAUAUAAUAUAUGUAUAUUACCGCAACAGCGUACAAUAAAACCAGA